UCCUGGGGCGCUUGUGGGGGAGGCGGCGCCGAGUGUCCCUCCUGGUGCAGCCGCGUCCGCUCCGCGCCAGCCCGCAGAGCCGCCCGUUGUCGCAGCUGUAUGGUCCAUCCCCGCUCCGCCGCCGAACCCCCUCCGGCAGCUCCGCGGCCUCCAGCGCCUCCGCGUCCUCCUGGUCCUGCUCCUCCUGCCCCCGGCGGUGGCGCCCGCACCCCGGCUGUAUGAUCAGGCUACAGUCUUCAAUGAGUAACCAUAUUCCUCAGUUCUGUGGUGUUCUUGGUCACACAUUUAUGGAGUUUCUGAAGGGCAGUGGAGACUACUGCCAGGCACAGCACGACCUCUAUGCAGACAAGUGA